UGACUUACCGUUACCAGCAGUACCAACCAAAAACAAGCGAUCUUCGUUUAACAUUUGUCAUUUGUGAUGGUACCAUAUCUUCCCCUGAAAUGCAGGUAAGAUUUAUUCUAUGAUGAAAAAUUCCGUAUUCUUACCUUGAGUUUACUUUCUUAUAUAGUCAAUAUAUACGUAUUAUAUUACUUAACAAUUAUAUUCGCGGAAGGCGAGGUGAUUAUUGGUGAACAAAAACCGAGACGAAGUCAAGGUAUAUACACAUUUCUUGGUCAUUUACUUGGACAAAAUGGCUUGCUGCCAUUUUGAAAAACUCUUUAGGUGAUUAUCGCGUUAGAAUUACCUCAUCAGAAACCAAUCAGCGUGGAGAAUUUUCAAUAAUCACCUAUGUAAUUAUACUAAUUUGUGUUAUUGUUCACUCGGGAGGUAAAAUUUUCUGCUUGCGCGGUCUAGAAAUUAUGAAAUAUUUCACUCAAGAACAAUUUCUCCUCAUAUAUACACACACAAUAUAUACUCCUUAUAUACAGGGUGUAUAAAAAAAAACUGCACAGAUUUGAAAUUGCUCUUAAAUUCGCAAAACAGCUAUUAGUAUCCAGUUUUUGAUGUAUAUAGCUUCUUCGGGUACUUAUAAUGUAGAAAAAUGGAAAAAAUUUCUCGAACUCAAAUUUUGUAAACCAGGGGGUGUGUCUUUUCCAACAAACUAAAAAUGGCUUGCGCACGAAAUUUAAAAGCUUUAAUCAUAUUUUGAGUUGAUAGAUGGAACAUUUGUUGGGAUUUUAAUUACUGUACAAAAUUUCAGACAAUUUGCUUUAGUUUAACUAUUCAUUUUUCUCUAAAAAAUUAGCCUUUCGCAUGCUUAAUUAUGCGUUUACCUAAUUUGCAUAUUGCUGACACAUGCAAAUUAGGCAAAGGCAUUGAUUACCAUGCAAAUGGAUGAUUUUUUAAGAAAAAAUGUAAGUUUGCGUGAAUGGUUAAAGGGCUUAAACUGAAGCAAAUUGUCUGAAAUUUUGUACAGUAAUUAAACACCCAACAAACUUUCCAUCUGUUAACUUAAAAUAUGAUUAAAGCUUUUAAAUUUCGUGCGCAAGCCAUUUUUAGUUUGUUGGAAAAGACACACACCCCUGGUUCACAAAAUUUGAGUUCGAGAAUUGGAUACUAAUAGCUGUUUUGCGAAUUUAAGAGCAAAUUUCAAAUCUGUGCAGUUUUUUUUUUAUACACCCUGUAUACAUGCAUGAGAACUUGUACCGGACUCUGUAGCUCAGUUGGUUAGAGCGUUGCACUGGAAUUGCACGACCGCAGGUUCGUUUCGUAUGGUUACAUUUUUCGCAACUGCUCCUGGUUCUGUAAAUUGUAUUAGUCCUUCCGCUCGAAAUUACCAUGAAGAUGAUCUGUGUUUCAUUGUAGGCAUUGAAACAAGAGAACUUUCAUACUCAGUUGGAUAACGCGAUAUCAGAUUAUCUUAGCAGAAACAGCGAAAUUAUUGAAGAAGAAAAAGUGAGUCAAGUUACUCUUCACACAUUGUUAUAUUAUAUAUAUAGACAUGGCCUCCCGAUGACCAUUUUUGGUCGCAUUAUUUUGUGUUUUGUCUUGUUUUUUUCUUGCCUUGUCUUGUCUUGUCUUGUCUUGUCUUGCCUUGUCUUGUCUUGUCUUGUCUUGUCUUGUCUUGCCUUGCCUUGCCUUGUCUUGUCUUGUCUUGUCUUGUCUUGCCUUGCCUUGCCUUGUCUUGUCUUGUCUUGUCUUUGUUUUGUGUCUUUCAUUCAUUCUUUCUCUCUCCAUUUUCUGGGACCACCCGUGAUCUGGAUCCAUUUUCCAUCCCUGAUUUCAAGCCAAUCAUUAUUUGAAUUAUGCUGAAUUUUGGACAUCUUAAACUUGGAAGAACAUAACGUCAAGUAUGUUUAUGCAAAGCUUUCAAUCCGCAGACACCUCCUUUAUAUUAGCGGCAACAUUUGGGAGGUCGCAAAGGUGCCCGUUUAAUACAGGUUCAUCUGUACUUCAUUGAGUGCUUGAUGCAAUGCACUGUCACAGCUCGAAAUUGACAGAUAAAGUAGUCAGUAUACUGAACAGUCCACUAUCGCCCUAAAAAUACUGAAUUGGGAUAUCAUCUAAUGUACCGACAUGCGUAACUCUCAUACUUUUUCACAAAAUAUCCUGUAUAAACGAAUCCUCUCUAAUACAGACAUUUCCCGUGUCUCUGUAGUUUUCACUUGAAUUCUAUCUCCAUGAAAUAUCGUAUUACAAUUACAUUCUACCUGUAUUUAAGCCUGGUUCACACUAGCAAUUCUGUCGGCGAUUUUUCUCCUCCUGGCAAAUGUGAUCGAGUGAAUGACAUGCAAAAGACUUUUGUGUGUGAGUUCACUCAUUUGCUUACGUCAGAAACACAAAAUCGCCGGCAAAAUUGCUAGUGUGAACCUGGCUUUACUAGUGUGAACCAGGAACGUAGCGAAGCAUCUGAAGGCUUUUACCUGAAAUUUGAAUUUCAAUGUUAAAAAUUUACCUGAAGUGUAAUAAUCACAAUAAAGCUUUUUGUGAUUGAUUUGCAUUGUCAUACUAAAAUUGUUUACAUUUUUGAAGCUUUAGGACUGCAUUUCUGGCGUUUUCUAAAGCAAAUACGCAAACAAAUUGGAUGUAAAUUGACUGUAUUUUACAAUAAUGGUUAUCAUUUCACAAAAAUAGUUACUUUAUUGCGCAAAUUUUACCUGAAAAUGUCGAAAUUUUAAUGACUUUUGCUUGAGUUUCACAGUUGGACCAGCGACCGGGGAAGGUGGGGGUUACACACCCACACGCCCGGUCACUACGUCCCUGAGUGCAUCGUAUAGAUGUUCGUGGGAGAAAAUCUAACAGAUACUUACAAUCCUUUGAUAUACACUUUGCAAGUUUUUGCAUAACACAGGCAUAACUUUUGCUUUGCUUUCUAACAGAUAUAUCUCCCAGAAUUGUUGAAGUGGUACAAGAAUGAUUUCCUGUCUACUUUAUCAGAUCUGUCUGCUGAAACAAAUAACUUCAAUGGCGGUGAAAACUGGGUGGAACUAUUACUUGGAAUAUCUCCUUAUCUUCGCGGCGAACACUUCAAGAAUUUUGAUGACAUUGCUACUCAGUUAAAUGUUGCAUUCACCCCGCAUUGCUGGGAAUUUGGUUUUCGAUUUCCAACCACUGAAACGACGAUACAACGGGAAACGUCGUCUAAAUCUGAUAUUCCUAAUGCACCAAAAUAUACUCUAACCCAGGCCCUUUCAAGUUACCUGAUAGCGCGGUCACCACUUGUUGCCUCAUUGGCUAAUCUCAGUUGUUCCCAGGACUCUAACCUCGCGCCUCAAGGCAGUCAGAAAGAAGCGGAAUUUUCUUUACUCACAACCAGUCUUGCAAACCCUGGUACACGAAGUUUAGAAGUCACUUCACCUUUUGAAUUCGCCAUGAAUCAGGCUGUCAAGUUCCCAGUACUUCAACGUCACAUCACAUCAGCGUUUCUUUCUGUGUCUAAGUUCCUGUAUCUAGAUGGCCUUGGACUGACAAAAUCCCCCCAGUCCACUUCCGUUUCUGCAGAGCUCGCCACUCGAAAUCAGUCGCGAUUGUUUCUUCUCGACGAGCAAAGUCAAGAAGUUUCCGAGAUGUUUUUAAGAGCGGUGAACUACGCUUGGUGUAAAGCAGACUGGGAACUACUCUUAGAGAUAUUUAAUUCAGCAUGUCUUAAUCAACAUGGCGCUUUACAUGGACCUGAGGACUUUGUGCUCGAAAUGGCGUUCAUGAGCAGACUGGAAACAAGUCCAGAUGACGACCUUGCAGCCCAAUCCUUUUCAAUUCUACAUAAUUUCAACAUCCCGGCACCUAAUUUUAAUCUGAAUUGGAGAAGCAAGAAAUGGUUGUUGUUGUACCGUAUUAAGGAUGAUUGUGCUCGCGCUAAGAUCGUACUGCAAUGUUUACAUAACUGGUGUGAUAUUGAAGUAUGCCUGAAAUUACUCACGUUUUGUCUAUCAAAACCACCAGAUGACAAAGAGUUAUUGGCAAGUCUUGAGAAGAAGACUAAACAACUACGUCUUUGUAAAAAGGUAAGAACUAUACGUACGUUAAAUGCAGAAUAACAGCAGUCUACAUUAUACACGCAUAGCCUUUUUCUUCACGUUUUUCGUUUAACUCCAUUUGUUCUUACAUAAUGUUAAAAAAUUAUAUCCAUUUUCGAAAGGAGAAAGUCAAGGCUGUUCUUAUUCACUGGUACAUUUCAGUACUUAUGCAAAUGAUGUACACAUAAAACGCACAAGUUGUAACAAACCUGCAGCGGACUUUAACAUUGCUGUUGGCCUGCUCCAACAACUUGAAACCGGCGUUUCUCUUGCUUUUGCCAUAGUCUUUCGCUCUGCAUCUCAACCUAGCAACAACCAAUAAAAUCUGGUUUCUUCUUGUUCAAAUCCAAUCAGCUUUGUGUUUAAAAACUUUUGUCGUUAACAAAGACGUUACAACUUGUUGGCAAAUUUAGUACAGACUUGUAAACGCAGCUUCGCUACAACCUUGCUGAAACGGUCUUGUUACAACUUGACGACCGCAACAACUUGUCAACAAGUUGUUUCAACAAGCAUGAUAUGACUUGUCAACAAGCUUGCUACAAGUUGAUAAAAUAACAAACUUGUUACAACUUGUCAAGAAGCUUGCUACGCUUGCUGCACAGAUGAAACAGACUGUUGUGGUUUUUUUGAGGUAAAACGAAAAACUAUAUUAGUCCACCUAUAAUAUUGAAUUACUUUUUUUACUAUAUUCUUUAGAUCAGACAUUGUCAUUCAAGUCAAGGAUUUAGUGGAAUAAAAAUAAAAUAUGAAACAUGGAAAGAUGUUGUUGAGCACAGUGUUCGUAAUCCUGAGCUCGUCUUGCAAGCACUACAAGAUCGUGAACGUUUUGAUUUGGUUCGAGAAUGGAUUGAUGUCUAUGGCUAUCCCUCCCAAUUACGUGAGGUAGGCAGGGUUAAUAUUCUCUAAAGGUCUUAGCCUGAGUAUCAGCCAAUUUUCCCUGGAUGGAAGGGAAUAUAGGGCCUGACACAAAUCACUAUCUGGUCGCAUCAGCCUAGACCUAGGCGUUCUAUUUUUAUUUAUAUUUUUUAAUAUUCAGCGCUUUUUCACAUGAAAAGACUGGGACUAGGUGAUUUGGGGGCGGGGCGGAGGAAGGACACAAGCCUGACGCAAGCGAAAAAAUAGAAGGCCUAGUGGAUUUCCCAACAACAAGGCCAAAACUGCCCUGAAACUGCCCUGAUUGCGAAAUGCCCAAUUGUUGCGUUCUCAAACAGAAUUAUUUGCAACUUAACAGCGAAUUUAAACCGAUACAGGUAAAAUAAACUCAUUUAUAGUAUAAACUUACUAUUUUUAGUUGUAUACACGUCUAGAAAAUCGGGGUUUUUAUCAUAAAGUUUGAAGCAACACUAUUUAUAUAUGUUGACAAGGUGUAGCGAAACGGCACAAAAUAAUAAUUCUUUUAUUCGCAAGACAAUCUACUGUUUUGCUUUGAAUAACUAUAUUUGCGAAUUGGGAAUGAGGAUUUUGAAAUUAGUGUUCAAAUAUUACAGAUAUACCAUUUGUAAACAAUGUACGUUUUUAUAUACAGUACUGUACGGGCUAAUAAUAUAUGUAUCCGUUUUAUUUUGUAUAUUUUACAAACACAAGACUGCUUCUUGCCAAAAUUGAGAAAAUAUAUAUUAAUGUAGUUGUGUAUAAGACAAAAUUUCAUGAAAGAUUCUACUUUUGGUAUAUAUUUUGACUCAUUUUGUGCUUUCGCUACACCUUCUCAACAUAUUAAAUAUUAAAUAGUGUUGCUUCGAACUUUAUGAUAAAAAACCCGAUUUUCUAGACGUGUGUACAAAUAAAAAAAGUUUAUACUAUAAAUGAGUUUAUUUUACCUGUAUCGGUUUAAAUUCGCCGUUAAGUUGCAAAUAAUUCUGUUCGAGAACGCAAUAAUUGGGCAUUUCGCAACCAGGGCAGUUUCAGGCCAUGCCCGUUCGCAGGUUAAGGGUGGGCAUAGCUCUGGAGAAAUCGAAUUGAUGCAGGCCUGUGAUUGGCUAACGGCAGACAGUACGUUGGAUUUCCAACGUGAGUUCUACGCAUGCUUGGCAAUUGUUGGAAAGUAUAAACAAAGUAUUUGGAUUUUCUCGUCGAAAAUUUGCUACUUUUUUACACUGAAAUCGAUUGAAAACAACUAGAAAUUCUGGAGGGAAUAUGUGCGAAAGCUUCGGAUUGAUAGGGAUACAACUACCUGAAAAAUACAAGGAGAACUUCGACGUUUCGAGCGAAGGCGCUUCGACUUGUGCUGUUAGUGUUUGUAUACAUCGUACUUGCCUUUUAUAUACUGUCAUACCUAACACUACGUAUACCAUAAAUUCUGACAGGAGAGUUAAAUGUAAAUUUUAAAGCAUAAAAAUAUAUAAUACUUAUUGAGGAGAUUAUAUUUAUCAGCAAAGGUCAAGUACGACGUAUACACAGGGCCCGCGGAGCGUAUUAGAGAGUGGGGGGGCUAAAUCAUCAAUAAAACCCCCAAGGAAAAUGUUCAAUUUUCUAUUACCUUAAACGCUAUUUCCUGCAUUUUUGGAGGAACUUUAGCAAAAAAUCUCCAAGACCAUCGUCAUAAAAAGUAACAAAAUUUAGACCUUUUACAAACUUCUAAGCAAUCCUUUUACUAGACUACUUUAUAAACUAAGAGUAUCUUAACAAUUUAAUUAAUUUAGAAAGUUUCAUUUAGAUUUCUAUUUUAAUAAUUUUGGCUGUCAAAAAAAGUGGGGGGGGGGGCUAAAGCCCCCCCAGCCCCCCCGUCUCCGCGGUCCCUGAUACAAACACUAUUAACAGCACAAAUCGAAGCGCCUUCGCUCGAAACGUCGAAGUUCUCCUUGUAUUUUCAGGCAGCUGUAUCCCUAUCAAUCCGAAGCUUUCGUACAUAUUUCCCCCAGAAUUUUUAGUUGUUUUCAAUUCGAUUUUAGGGUAAAAUGUAUCAAAUUUUCGACGUGAAAUUCUAAAUACUUUAUUUAUAUUUUGCAACAUUGCCGAGCAUGCGUAGAACUCACGUUGGAAAUUCAACGUGAACAAUUCGAUUUCUCCAGAGCUAUGCCCACCCUUAACCUGCGAACGGGCAUGCUCGGGGAACGAGAUUGGGCAGUUUUGGCCUUGUUGUUGGGAAAUCCACUAGGCCUUCUAGGCUUGCUUCCUCCGCCCCGCCCCCAAAUCACCUAGUCCCAGUCUUUUCAUGUGAAAAAGCGCUCAAUAUUAAAAAAAAUAUAAAUAAGACUAGAAGGCCUAGGUCUAGGCUGUGGUCGCAUGUAAAAAGCCAAAUCCUGCUUUUCACCUGAUUCCUCCAUUAGAUAAAGAAAUUUUAUCUGUCUUUCUCAUUGGUUAAGUACUAUAUCAGAUAUAAAGAUACGAGGCGAAGCCGACUAUAACUUUAGGUCUGACAAAACACGCACUGCGAAUGUUUCAAAAACGAUCGAUCUGCUACGUUCAUUGACGAAGUAAUUUUCAAAAAAUACGUUGUGUAAUUCGAGAAAAUCAAAGUUAAAGUGUAUGUAAAUCAAGGGAAAUCUCUAUCACAUAUAAAGAUACGACACGCUUAUGAGUUUUCUUUGUGUUUUCCUCUUGAAUUAUUAUCAUUAAUGAAGUACUUUUUGAAGUAGUUUUUAAAGCACGCGUAGGACUGUUUUAUCAUAUUCAAAAUGCGAGUCGCAGCAGGAGCAUUUUAGAUAUGAUAAACACGAUUACAGGUGCAUGCACUAAAUGACUUAAAACACGACUAGUAUUUCAUUAGUAUUCUUUAUAUAAGGAAUGCUAAUUAAGGCGGGCCUGGGAAUCGUGUCACAGCCCAUGAUUUAUUCUGCCCAAAAAAAAACAUGACGCUGUCCUUUUAUUUCGUUAGUUAUUUCAUAAGUAACAUUUAAACAUUUCCGUUGACAUACGUGCACGGAAUAAUGGAGUGCUCAUUAUUUAUGGCGGGGGGUGGCAUCGAAGAUAAAAGGAUUGAGUGAACAAAAUGCUGAGUUUGUAAAAGGUUGGAUAAAUGAAAAACAAAACAACUCAAGAGUCGGGUAAUAAAAAUGUAUUGUCAUUUCCAAGACUAAAAACCAAUGUUAACAGUCGUGUUAAUACUGACGGUAUGUAAUCGAUCAGAGUCACUGUCUUGAUCAUUUUUAGUGCGAAGUUGCUUUGCACUGUUGUUAUGAGGUUAAAUUCAAUUCAGUGACCGAUCAAUGGAUCGAUGGAUCGAUGGAUGGAUCGAGUAAACAAUCCGGGGGGAGCUUGCAAUUGAUUUUUUAUCACGUUUUCUAGAGCUUCGCGACUUUCGGCCAACUAAUCGUUCAUAACUGUUUGUAGAUUAUAACAAUCUAUAGUUAUAUUCAUGAUGGUACAUGUUCUUACUUAUUUAUCCGACAUUUAGAGAAGUUAUAACCAAAUUACUGUUGCAUUUCAAGCACUUGUUAUUAUAUGAUAUGCCCCCCCCCCCCUGCAACAUAAAUACACGUGCAUAAUACACGUGCCCUCAAAUGUUAUCAUUUUACAAUGGCGGACAUGGACGAGCGGUGACUAUUGAGCGGCGGUGUGAAAUGCUGAAAUCGUGUAGACUAGAGUGUAUUACAUCCGAGGUUGAUAGUAUUAUAGCACAGUGGUUUAUCUAUGAAAGAUACGGAACGAUGUAUAUAUGAAUAAGUGCCAGUGUGUAGUUUUGAUAUAAAAUUAUCUAUCUAUCUUAUUCUUGUAUUAUUACAUCACGAUAUAACCCGCGGAAAGGAGGGCCGGGACCGCUCGACCGCUAUAUCAGCUAGAUUAUUCUUGUUUUAUUAUAUCGCGAUAGAGUUAGGUUUAUAUGGCCCAAUAAAUAGUAAAUAAUAAACCUAGCAUUAUUUUGUUAAUAAUUUUGAGCGAUUUGUCAACAAUACAAUUUCGCUUGUUAAAACUGCACAUUAAAACCUUCAAAAUAUAAUAUUUUGCGCUCAAACUACUAACAAAAUAAAGAGAAAAGUGAGACGAAUCCACUGGUAUACGGCCGAAAAAGAGAAAACUAACAAUACGAAAGUCAUCAAGGUCAAAUGUAUUGCAUUUUUAUUUAAUUAAUAGUUUAAUAAUUUUGAGCGAUUUGUGAACAAUACAAUUUCGCUUGUCUUUCAAAGGCCAUAAAUCGCUAGAAUACUGUUGUUUAGUAAUACAUUUGACGUCUGUGAGUAUAAUUUCUUACACUGAAUCGAACGGUGGUAUUUUUGUCCUUAUUGGGCGCAUAAAACCAAAGAUAAGGCACAGCAAAAAGUCAAUCGUGAGAGUCCGAGAUUAAUUCGAAAGAAAACAUUCCUCGAAAAAAGGAAUUCGGAAAACGUGCAGGAUUAUUUUGAGCGGCUUGUCUUUAAAAGGCCAUAAAUCGCAAGAAUAGAAAUCAAUUUUGAAAUCAAUUUUCCAUCCGUAAAUACAAGUUUUCACGCUGAUUCGAACGGUAGUAUUUUUGUCUUUGUUUGACGCAUAAAACCAGAGAUAAAGCCUAGCAAGUAGUCGAUCUUGAGAGUACAAGAUUAAUAACAAUUAAUAAAUUCCGAGCACGUGCAAGGAAUUUUUAGUAGGCGACUAAGGAAACGUAUUGAUGCGAACACACUAUAAAGAUCAGGGGCCGGUUGUAUAAAACUCUUAAUCACUUUUUAAUCACUAUUUUGUAGUUAAAUAGUGAUUAACUCUCAAAUACGCGCUUCUUAUUGGAUGACAUUUCCAUUUAACUAUGAUUAACUUUAAUCACUUUUUUAUACAACCGGCCCCUGGACUAAAGCCACCAUUCAAGGAAUUAAGCCGUGGAAAAUUAUCCAUGCGAAAACAACAAAAUUUACUGUCGUGGCUUGUAAUAUAUAAAAACAAACGCCAAACAACUUCCUUAUAGAUGCAUCAAUCCUAUCAGUUCAUACAUUAAUCAUUAUGCGAAUCAGCGUAAAUCUUAAUUAUCAUUUGUCAUAUCAACUUUGCACUAUCCUUGGGAUCUCUGAGUUCCGAUUUGUCAGGAGGCUAAUGGUGUCUCCAAAGAAAGUACAUGCAUGUGCAGACAACAUAAUACGUUAGACCGCAGAAAAUUGCACAAUUAAACUCAUAUCACAGAAGUGGUAAAGACACGUGUGACAACUGAACGGUAUCCUGUUGUAACGUUUUUGACCAGACGUGGGUAUUUAUUUUGAAAUUGAUAUUUGAGGUUGGUUAAAAAAUAAUUUUGACUAUCUAAUGGUUGGAUCAGCAAAAUUUUACCAGGAAAAAUAUUUCUCUUCGGUGCCACCCAUCGCCAUAAAUAACGACCGGUCCCUAACGUUUAACUGGAUUGCGAGGGUCGCAAUUUCAAACAACGUCAAAUUUUCAGAAUUUCUAAGUAAACAGAAUAUUUCUGUGCAGAUGAUCUGCUCUCGGUUUAAUUCGCCAUUCACCAUUAAUGUUCACGUACUGCGCAUGCUGUUAUAUUCAUUUGUAUAUUUCUCUGUCAUAGCAAACUUCUUUGUCAUUUCUCCCCCUUAGAGAAUUCACGAAGAUUAUCUGAGAUAUUUAUUGACGAAAACUCCCAUGGACGUCACGGAAGUGUACAUGUAUCUAGAAGAAAUCGAAGAUCCUGUAAAAACCUUGGAAAUCUGUGAACGACUAUUAUCAAAACAAAUGCCAAUUCCAAAUACCCUGUUCAUUAUACACUUCAUGAUAACAGAUCUUGAUGCACAUGUGAAGCCCGCUAGGAAACAUGCACUUCUCCGUCAGAGACUCGGUACUAAUGCCGUGCUGUGUAUCCCAGAAAGCAACCGACGUCCCUAUGAGUCCCUAACAUCUCAACCUUUGUUGUUGUUGGAGCAGCUCUUGAUUGACAUGAAGGUGGAAUGGGCUGGAAAAGUGUUUGAAGAUUUACAGAGUGAAUUAAGAACAAAUAGGAAUUAUGAUGAGUGGUUAAGAAAGGAGAUUUCGGUCGAAGCAUUUGAUGAGCUACUCGUGUGGUACGCUACCAAGGCCUUGGAAUUUGAUGUGGUGACUUAUGAAGACCAUGGUAGGUAUAAAUCUGUUUUACACCACGAAAGUAAUUCUGGUACACGUUGGCUUAACUCGAACUAGGAUUAGUUGGGUUCAGACUAUAACCCGGUGUCCAAUUCAGCUUGGCACACUUAAAGAAACUAACUCUGGUUAGACUCGACCCAAGGCGAACCCAUUAGUUUCUUGAUCUUUGUGUAAAACGGAGCCAUCUAGUGUUUAAUAUAUGUUUUAGUUUGUGAAAGACGGAAAGCUUUCGAUUCGUCAGCGCGGAUCUUCAUCAGUGCUAAUAAUAUAUAACUUGUUACUAAAACUGUUAUGAUCUAUAAGUUAAUUCAACGGUCACAUCAGCCAUCACGCCAUUUCAUUUCAGACGAGAUUAUGUAGUUCUAAUGAACACGUGUGCAUUCAAAACAAGACAAAUUUGUUUUAGUCAUUGAAGAGAGCACGCCACGUACUAUCUUUGACUGUCCCUUUUGAUAGUAUAGCAUUGUGCUUUUCAAUUCCAAUUUCAAUUGACUCUCUCAUUUUGCGAGAAAAGGUAUGAAUAGUAAUUGCCAAAAUGGUUGCUUCGUCCCAUUUUAAGCGAUGGUCAUACCUGUAAGUCCUUGCUAGUACGUUUAGUAUAUGUUUAUAAUUCAAUGAUCUGUGACGGUUAUUUUUACUAAGAAAUUCUUAUAUCUAUUUUUGCAUGUUCCAUUACCUGAUAUAACUACUCAUACUUUAUUAUUGUUCCAUAAAGAUGAAUUGGUACAUGAGUCCCAUAACGACAAGACAAAAUCUUUGGACACUCGGCAGAUAAAGACUACAACUCCUAUCAAGGGCCAUCAAAGACAUGCGAGUACUGGUAGGGCAGUGUUUAUCAUUGUAAUGAACUCGGUCAUACAAAUUACGUACACAUACAAAUUACAUACACAUAAUUUCAUUACAUACACUCAGUUGACAGAGCAUUGGGCUAGUAUUCCAAAGGUCGUAGGUUCGAUUCCCAACAUGACCAGGCAUAUUUUUCAAGCUUGCCCGGUGUGGAUAUACACUCUGAGUAACACCACAAACAUCAUUUUCACCUGAGUACAUAACACCAACACAGAAAAAAAUUAUGUUCGAGUUAUUCCCGGAAAAUGUUGUGAAUUUCAUUUCACUGUACAACGUAAACAACCUCGCAUUCUCAUUGGUAGAGGACGUUUUACCUUUGCAACAAUGAAGUUUGCCCCUAUAGUAACACGUCAACUUUCAUACAAUAAACAUCAAGUUUGGAACAAUGAACACAUGCUUUAUUUAUGCACGCCUCACGGUCAAAUGCAAUUGCCUGUAUGUUGUGUAGCAUCGCCUUUUUAGCGUGGAUGAAUUGGACGGAGUACCGUGGUAAAAUUCGUAGUGGAUUUCCCAUUCUGAUAACAAAAAGUCUGACACACGAUACGGAAAAGUUGCAAACGAUCUUCGUUUAUCAUUCAAGUUAUUUCAAAUAAGACAAAAUGAAUUUGUAUUGCCAUUAACUAUCAAACUUCAUAACCGCCUUGUUUUCAUUUUUCUUCAGGAGCGACACGGUCAUUUCGACGAAGUUCUACAAAUGAGUCACAGCAGUCUGGGAGUUUUAAGAUUCCUGAGAAAAUACCAGCCGAGGGAGACUGGGAACCAGAUUACAAACAUAGUGUCUGUAUGAUAUGCAAGGAAGUUGCUUUUAACAUGGUAUGCAUCUCUUGUGAGGGUAGAUUUACUUCCUCGGUUUAUUUGUUUAUUUUGCUUUCCGAUUUUAAGGGAGCUUUAGAUUUUUAGGGAGCUUUAGAUUUGACCACGACUACGAGUACGAGAUUCGUCAAGCGAAACGCAUGCUGUAUGCUUACGCCAUCCCGUACUGACGCGAAAAAGUCGUAGCCGUCGCCCAUCUGAGUACGAAAUUGUGGAGAAAUCUCGUAGUCCUCACGACGACUUUUCAAAAAAACAAAGAAAGUUGGCUUUUUUUUGUUUUCCAAAAAUAAUUUGUAGCCGAUUUAUAUAGCGUUUAUCCGGCGCAAAUAAUAUAUUAGUACUAAAUAUCUGGCCUGUUUUUAAUGUUAUGACUUAUUUACACGUUUUGUAGGAGAUUUUAGUCUGCAGGAGAAAGUUUUUCUCUCGUUAUUCGUUUACUGCUAUAAAAGCAACAUUUGAAUGGGAACGAAAACGACUACGGUAAUUUCCUAGCACGCGAUCAAAUCUCGUACUCGUACCCGUAGUCAAAUCUAAAGCUCCCUAAUAACCACAGUGAAACACGAAAUUUGACUGGUCAAUUUGAAUGCCUUUGGCUUUGCGCGAGCUUUUUAAAAUGUCGGACAAUGAAAGCAUUUUAACGUGUGAAGUUAACAGUAUAAUAUAUUAAACGAGAGACAAGUUAACAAAAACUUUAAUAAAGUUAUAAUAAAGUUAAUCUUGAACUGUCUGGUCCAGUGUAGGUAGUGCCGAUAACAUUAUCAGGCUUUUGUGGGUAGGGAUGCAACUACCAUGCAGAGCGAAGGCCCUUCGUCUGGAGUGACUAGCUGGGGUCGGGAAAAUUACAUGAGCUUUUAUACUAGGAAUAUAAAAGCUCACGUGACAAAAAAAUUAAACCAAUCAGAAGGAUUUAGUCAAAACAAAGUAUAAACAAAAAAUGUAAAUUACAGCUUGCGCUGCCAAUUUAAUGUAAAAGGUAGUUUAGGAACCAUGCAUCCCAAUGGUUCCUAAACUAUCUUUUUGCAAAGUGCUUAAAAUGUGUUGUAUUUUUUCAGUUCGUACGUCGCCACCAUUGUCGUCGUUGUGGCAGAGUUGUGUGUGAUACAUGUUCUCCGUUCAAGCGAAUUUUAUCAAAUUCUAGUCGUACACCUGUUCGUGUUUGUAAAGAUUGUGAUAAAGCCAUGUUUGAACAGAGGUGAGCUGAAAGUUGUCAUAUCGAGGCAUCCAUUUCGUACAUACGUAUACGCUAAAGCCAUGUUUACAUUGUAUCGUAUCACUUUGCGUCCGACGCAAAAACCAUACCGGAUAGGGCUUCUGUUUACAUAUGAAAUGUUGUUAUCGUCUCAAUUUCUGCAACGAACCGGUGGUGUGGCGGUUCGCUUUUCCAAGUGGUGCGGGUUGGGUUUUUCGAACGCGCUCACUGUAAUGUAAACACCGAUCGGAGCAAUUUUCUGUCCAAUUUGUGAUUCAAGAUGGCGUCUAGCAAACAAAAACUUGCUAUUCUAACCUUAUUUACGGGUAUAGCUUGCUCACUCUUUCAAAUCACGUCUACAAUAUUUUUGCUUUUGGUAAAUAUGUAUCAGAAAAGACGAAGGCAUAUAAGGGCAGGGGCGGAAGCUGUUUACACUUGGGCCGUAACGUUUCGCGAACGAAGCAAAAACCUAUCCGGCACAGUGUAAACGUAGCCUAAAUUUCGGGAAUGUUUUAUACCCCUCCCCCCUUUGUAUGCUAUUAUAUGCUUUUUGGCACCCCCUCCUUAGUCUGCUCACAGACGCUUGUAUAUUAUAUAUGACAAAUCCUCCCCUGUACGUGGAAGUUCUGUUCAUACUUUUCAGGUAUAAAGUAAAUGAGCGUAUCUCCGAACAAAUUACAUUCACGCGAUGACGUCAUCUCCCAAAUGGGUGGCGAUCACCCACAAUGACUGUAGACACCAGACUGGGAUAGCGGAAUGAAGUACCAAAACGUUCUGAUAUUAUGCCUACAGAAAUCAUGUUUUCAUAAAAACAUUGCAUUCCAUAAAAACCUGUUUUCUGAUAUUAAAUUUCUUAUAUGGUAAAGUUUCGGAAAGAUAAUGAAAACUGUCCGACGAUAUGAAGAUAUAUAGUACUUUACAAAUGAGUUUAUUAAUAAUUUAGUUACAGAAAAAAAGAAGCUGACACUAUCAUUUAUUCUGGUUCUCUACCAACGUAUAUGAGUAGGAGCUGGGAAGGCAGAGGUAAAUAUCCCGAUAUAACAGUUGUAAAUGAGUCACAUUGGAUAGCAGAUCAUUCCACCAACCUCGUCAAAUAUCCAUGCUAGGCACAACUAAUAGUUUUCGAGCUAAUUAACUUCGUUUUCAUUUCGUGGAAUGUAUCGCGAGCACUUCAUUGUCGCUGAUAGAAUGUGCAUUGUGUAAGCCGCUCUUUAUUCAACAUCGCGUACAGUAAGACCAAAAUAAAACCAGACUUUAAGCCUUCAUGUCUUCUGUAUCAACGAUAUCCGAAAGCAUCGUAGCGUUCUCUUUUGUCGCUAUUAUUUACUCUGAACUAGCGCUCCCAAAACAAAGAAAUAGGCUACCCUACGUUUCGAAAGGACACGUUUGCAAUGGCAACGUGGAAAACGUCUAUAAUUGACUAGGCUACAGACGCUGUAUAGUAUUACAUGCAUGUAUACAGUACAUAUAUUUAAAGUUUUGUUGGUAAAAGUUUUAUGUAUUUAUCGACUUCGCAACUGCUCCUGGUUAUAGCACUAAAUAAAUGUAUAAAAAAUUACCCUCGUAAUUUCCAUGUACAAAAUCCGUCAAGUAAUAUUUCAAAUUUGACUAUGAGGACUGGACUAGAUUUCAAGUCCCCGCAAUUUGAUCUAGUCCGAGGCGAAACCGAGGUCUAGUCCAGUCCGAAUUGGAAGAUUUGAAAUGACAUCUCCUACGAAUAAAUCGCCACUUAAAGUGAUUUGAAUUAAUUUUGAUCAUAGUUAAUAGAAUAGAUGGUUUGUAAACUCAUUAGAAUAACAAAAUAACUCAUUAUCUAUGCUCGUCAACGUUUAUUCAUAAAUCUGGUCCUUCACCGUCACGCGCAUGUGUAUUGUAUUUUACCAAAUCCACCAAUAGCAAUGUUUUAGGAAAGUUACCUAUCCAUGAAUUGAACAAUAGGGUAAAUUGGAAAUUGCUAUUGGUGGAUUUGGUAAAAAUACAAUACACACGUGACGGUGAAGGACCAGACAUAGAUAAUGAGUUAUAUUGUUAUUCUAACAAGUUUCCAAACCAUCUAUUUUAUUAGCUAUGUUUUGAUCCAGUCUUAGGCCUGAAUUAGUUUUGAUCCAAUCCUAUAUAUGGAUCAAUAUACUUCACCAGGUAUACAGUAUUAUCAUGUGAACAAAAUAAAGCAAUAUGGUUGGCAAAUUUACUCAUGAAUUAGUAAUGAGUUUGAGAUCAUUAGUUGUAUCGAUUGUAGUUAUGCGUUUGUUCGGUCUUCGGUUUUUGUUCUCUUCUAUUUGAAAUUGUCAGCCUAUCCUGGAUUCACAUCUGAAGUCCCUAAAUAGAAUAUUUCACUAUAUAUUUAUUAAUGAAUGGCUUAUAUUCCAUUAAUUUUUUUCUGGAAAUUUCAUGUUUAGCCAGCGCCGAAUUCCGAGAAAGACUGGACCCAGCGGUGCCGAAAUCAGAAGACGAGCUCAAUUUUGACGUUCACCAAGGCUGGAGGUUGAAUUUCGAUGAAGAAUGUAAUAAAGUGAUUCGAGACGAUUUUCUCUAUGAACAAGUGAGUAAUAUAUGGUAGUUUUGUAAUAUACCUCUAAACUCAGGUUGCUCAGCUAAUUUUCAAACUUUUAGGUUUUACACUUGGCUCAGUAAAACGUUGAUUUCAAAAUUUAGUUAUUUUUUAAAUAUUCAAGGAUACAAAGUCUUCCUUGAGAAUAUAACCGCAAAGUCAUAUCCCACAGAAGUAUAAAAGUUUUGAAGCUAGGAUUCGCGAGGGAUUUCGCCAUGUUUGUUGACAUAUGCCUGCGCUCGCCGACAAUAAAUACGCAGCUCAAAAUGUCCGGUAUAAUUUACGCUUCCGCUUUCAAAAAAUGCGCCGGAUAAUCGCUACUGCUACACCAAAUAUUUCUACAAAUUAUUUUUGCAGAAAGGAAUAAAAAUUUUCUUGUUUUUUAAAAAGUCGUCGUGAGGACUACGAGAUUUCUCCAAUAUUUCGUACUCAGAUGGGCGACGGCUACGACUUUUUCCCGUUAGUACGGGAUUGGCGUAAGCAUACAACGUGCGUUUCGCGCAAUAAUGGCGAAUCUCGUACUCGUGCUCGUAGUUGCUUCUAAAGCUCUCUGGUAUGGUUUCGAGUACAACUACCUGAAAAAUACCUGGGGCCGGUUGUAUAAAAAAGUGAUUAAAGUUAACUAUAGUUAGUGGAAACCUCAUCCAAUAAGAAGCGCGUAUUUGAGAGUUAAUCACUAUUUAACUACAAUCACUAUUUAACUACAAAAUAGUGAUUAAAAAAGUGAUUAAGAGUUUUAUACAACCGGCCCCUGUAAAUUUAAUCCCUAUUAAUUCGCAGUUUCUUGACAAUUAACAACAGUAUAGUUAACAAUUAUUCACCGAAGUGAAGGUGAAUAGUGCGAUGAUGUUCACCAAAACGCGAAGCGUUGAGGUGAAUAUCCUUGCGUUAUUCACCGUUACUGAUGUGAAUAAUUUAGCAUUUACCACAACAGAACAAAAAUUACCAAAAAAACGGAAUUUGUUUUUGUAUUUCAGCUCCUGUAAUACAGUAGUUGUAAACAAAACAAUAUUUACACGCUUUUAGUAAUUUUAUUUAUUAGAAAUAACUUUAAAGAAUUCCUGUACACACUGUUAAACAAAACUUUGUGACUUUCUUUGUGUUUGGCAAAACGGCAGCUUCGUUCAGUACAAAUUAGAUUUGCUCAUCUGUAAGUAACCGGAACGAAACUGGAAGCCAUUUUGGUUUUUUUCCGGAGGUGAAUGGUGCAAGGAUAUUCGGAACUGAUUAACCAAUCAAAUUGCGUGAAAAGCACCAUUCAUCUCCUGAGUAUAUACUAAUACAAUUUAUAUUCAACACAAAGCGAAUGUUGUGGUUUAAUAAAGAAACUACAGUGUACAUGUUUCUCUAUUGUGUUUGUCGGGCUUAUUCAUAAUUAUAUGGCUUUAGCACUGUCUUGAAAACUAUGAAAGUCAAAUGUCACUUGUUACAUUUAUGGUUUAAAGUGAAAAUCUCGUUUCAAGUUGCUAAUAGUAAUUGACGACAGCAGUUGCGUAAGCUCGAGGUUCGUCCAUUGGCGCCAUAUCUGACCACGUGUAAGUUUGAAAGUCGUAACAUUCCACUGAGCUGAUCCUUGAACUUCGCUCAUCUGCCCCGCCCAUCACUAUCAGUUUAUUGCCGACAUCAACCGCUGUGCAAUACGCUCGCUUCUUCUGCAUCUUGGGCAAGAUAUGAUGACGUUGUGUGACGAUGUCAUACAUUACGACAGAAUCAAGAUAAUUGCCUUUUCUAUCUAAACCACCGAUCACAAGAACUUUGUUUUGCCAGCUUGCUGUGGCCAUGCCAGAAACAGCGUAAGGAAGUCGCUUGAGCUGUUUACAUUCUUUCUUCGCUGGAUCAUAUUCAAUAACAGUAUCUGUGGCAGUAUUUGCGUACUGUUUACAGCCACCAACAAUAUAGACCUUAUCAUUGACUACCGUCGCACCAUGAUAACACUUGGGCUCUGGUAGCUUGCACACCAACUCUGGUUUAUAGGGAGGAGUCAAUGGAAUUACAUGUAUUGUGCUUAGGGCCAAGUCUUGGGAGUCAGUCAGACCGCCAAUGACGCAAAGAUCGUUUUGACAAAGUACAGUUGUAUGACCCCGACAAACAAAUGGUAAUCGGACUUGUGAUUCAGUCCACUGAGCAUUAUGCUGAGACAGAUCGAGUUGUUUAACAAUGUCGGUUGAAUGUCCGACACUCCCCCCUGCAAUAUGCAUGUGGUUCUCAUUCAGAACAGAACUCGCGCCUUCACAUUCAUAAGUUGCUGCCAAGCAUCGCCAUUUUCCACUUGCCACGUUUAACACUAUCGUAGAUUUGACACCCUCCCCACCGGCCACAACGAUUUCUGCUCGGGGCUCGAGAGUGCUGUUUCCACUUGAUUGUAUCAAAGUUGCUUCGAUUCUGGUAACAAUGCUCGUUAGCUGUUGUAUUUCGGUAACAACUUCGUCCUGAACAUACGAACGAAAUUUAGCCAAUUCACUUUUCAACUCGCUGAUUUCCGUUCUUGGACACGAGUGCUCUGAAGAGGACAUGCAUGGCAUUGACUUGCUGCAGUAGUCACAGUUGAUAUUUUGGCAAUCACAUACUUGACGUUCAUCACAUCGGCUUAUAUCGUUAGCACAUUCAUCGUUUGAAUAUGACAUUGGACUGAAUUCAGACCUCUCUCCGUCUGCUGCGAGACAGCCUAGUUUGACCACCUUCGAGAAAACGCGUUGUUUAUGUUCACACGAAGUAUCCAAUUCUGAUAGUGUGUUGAGGAGAGAAGGCUGAACAUUGCCCAGCGUCUCAACUGUAAGCGGGUCUUCACACCUUGGACAUUUUUGUGAAUUUCGUAGAUAUGUUGUGAUGCAAUGUCUACAAAAAUGAUGAUCGUUUGUUCGACAUUGUACUGGAUCACGUAAAAUACAAAGGCAAAUCAGGCAAUGUAGUUGAUCAUCAACUGGGCCUUCAAAUCUUCUGCCUUCACAUCCUUGUGCCAUCUUUUACAUCAGCUGAAUUUUUCUUUAUUAUUUUCAUAGCUUUAGUAAAAUGUUUCAACUGCUUUUGCCAUGUCCAGGCUACUGAUGCCAAGGUAUUUAAAGAAUUUAAUGAUUUUAGCAUUUUCGUAUACAAAGAGACCUGGCUUCCCGUAGUGCUUCCGUUUUAUUUUCGUUUAUUGCAAUUAAGUUACAUAAUAUUAUAAGAUAAAUACAAUAUCAGCGUCGUUUAUACAUGCGAAAGUAUGCCGCUUCUUCGAUAUGUCCCGAACGUCUUGUAUAACGCUUAUAAAUGACAAUUUGUUUGACAGCUGCGACUAAAAAACGAGCUGAAAGCUAGUUUCUCGUAUUUCACGUGUUUUUGGAAGUUUGUAGUUCGUAGCUUGUUUCAGCCGCCGUUAUAUACGACCAUACGUUUAUGAAAUUAUGGCUUCAUUUUGCUCGUAUGUAUCUCAUUAACAUUAUUAUACUGUAGUUACAUCCCCCGCAACUAAAUAAGCCAAUUCAAUGCACGGUUAAGCCACUUGAGGUAACAAAGACUCUUUGAGGAAAGGCUCUUGGCUGAGUUUGCUGUUAUGUACUAUACAGCUAUUUCAAUUAAGGUUGUUCCCGAAGCAAGCGGAAAAGUCAAAAGGAUUGCUGAGAAUCGCAUAAAAAUUAAUGAACUCUCCGCUAAUUUGCUCAAACCCAUUCAUUGUAAUAAUAUUCAAUGAAUGGAAAUCAAGUAAGCUGACAACACGACUGUUCGAAGAAAAGUUUCUCUAAAAUUUUAUGUUUUUGAUGGCAUCAUUUGAUAAAUUUACGUCUUGAGUAUGACUCUUAUUAAAUCUGGUCGGUAAAUAUUGCAAAGUGUAUUCAGAAAAAUUGAAAUUUUCUACUUUACUUAAGCAUGCAUGAGACCUUCUGAACAAAGAUUGCAGUUAGCUUCAGGCACUUGCAGGUAGCGCCAUCCCAACAUCUGACAGGCAUGGGGAAUUGUCUAUUGCGAAAAAUGCAACAAUAUAGACCAUAGACGGAUUUUCAUAUUUAUUACUGGGGUGGUGCCAGAAAUUUUAGGGGGGUGAGCCGUGAGCAGGUGACUGAAGCAAAACAAAGUGUCACCAAACCCCCAGUAAGGUCUAUAUUCUAGGGGUGGAGCACUAGAGCCGCGAAGGGGAGUCUAGAAAGCAGAAAACAAAGUAUCCUAGGAAAAAUGUGAAAAAAAUCAUGAUUUCUAGCUCCGAAAAAAAGUUUUUUGAAGUUGUCAAUUUGUCAUAUCAAUGGAUUUGGCAUGUCCGAUUUUCUGUUGAGACUUGAGAGAGUUGAAGACUUCAAAUUAAAUGAACCUGUAAGAGUGUAAACCAAAUAGGCCAAUACACAAUAUGCUUUUACUUUUAUAAAGUCAUUGACAUUGUGUUGUUUGAAUCCGAGUACAAUUCAUGAUGAAACUCUGAUGUAAAUAAUAUUUGGAGCGUAAAGAUUAAAUCUAGGCAAGUCUAUUUCCUAAAAGAAUUAAAAACUAAAAAUAGUGUUCGUAAAUAUUCCAAACGUUCCUUGCGUGCAAGCUAUUCGCAUGACAAGGCACUGCAAACUCUAUUCAGGGAAGAUAAUAGAGUUUCAAAACUUCACAAUUGCUCCAAUAAACCAGUGAAUGCAAGCGAGGAGCGAUUAGUUUCAGAGUGUUGCACUGUAUUUUUCUAUCCGAGUGUACUUCUACGUUUAUUUUGUAUCAUCAACACUCUUCACGUUGGCGUGGACUAUUUAAUUACUUAUUUAUUAUGCCGAAUAUUGGGGGGGGGGGGGUUGAAAUUUUUUUUGGAGGGGUGGACAUUUUGUUUGGGGGGGUUAUAGCUAAUAUUGGGGUGGUAGCACCCCCCCCCCCCCCCCAAGAAAAUCCGUCUAUGAUAUAGACCCUUUGAUUCCAAUCUUAACGGUUCCCAUGUUUCUGUUGCAGGCUCCUAGUUCGUCUCUGUGUACCUCGAUCCUGGCGUUGCAUGGCAACAGUAAAACGUGUGCAAAACUUCUCCUUGAACUUUGCAACAAACUUUCACAGAAGCUGGGAAUGAGUGAAGAAAUUGAUAACAAUUUAUUAAUAAGGUAUGGCUAUACCAGUGUUUGGAUUUCACGACAGUCAAUCAAGACAUAUGUCAUAUAAUGAACUUACAUGAUUAGGAAACUUCUAAAAUUUCUUCUAGGUUUUUUGCGAACCUUGUCGAAGGUCACCCCAACCUCGUUCCCAAGGCUUUCGUAUGAGGACGAGGCGAGGCACGAGAAAGCCCUGGUCUGGGCCGGUCAUUUUUGCAUUCUGAUUGGCUAACGCCAUAUUGUCUAAAAAUAAGUGAACUUGACAGUUGACAACAACAAUUCAAAAUUUGUAUUUUUAUGAUUCUUGUGAGUACGAGAAUGUUUUGCAAAAUAAUCUUUCGAAGCAAGACGUUUUCCCGACUGCAUGAUUUACUUUCGCCUUGGCCGGUUACAAAACUUAAAAGCAGUGUCGACGUGAGCCGUGAUGUUUCCUGACAAAACAAGAAACGUCUACCAUUAUUUAAGCUGUAGUUUUCCUUGUACAGUAUUUAUAAUGUAGUACAGAUGUCUGAUGAAAUACUACGCGUAUUGCAUUGUGGUAAUAUUUUAAUUUACAAUAUUCUGUACUGACAAAUAAAAGCAACACAAACAAUUAAAUGAAACUACUAAAUUAAUUUAGGCUCCGUUAAAUAGCUCUACGCCUAGGCCGACGUAGAGUAGUCUCUACAAGAUUCGUCACGCCACCGAGUUUUACAGAUUCAGAAUACUCCGAAUACUUGAAAAUUGCGACUAUACGAUAAAAUAAAACAAAGAUUGUGAAGGGGAUAAAAUUUGUGGGCAAGCAUUGCUCCUGAACGGCAACUAGUGUUGGUGUCCAGCGAAACAAGCGAAUCCGUAUAUUCCUGUACAGCGUAAACAGGUUACGCAAGGUUUUAUAUUUGUGUUUAUUUAUAUUGAACUAAGUCAGAUCUAUAAGAGCAUAUUUUAAACUAAAUAUUAAAGGCAAUAGCCAUAUUGUUCAAAACGAGAGAAAGCAAAUUUCGUGUGAAUCACCACUUGCAUGGAGACUCCUAGAUGCAGCUUGGAUGCAGCUUUGCUUGUGGUUGAAAAUCUCCAGAAAUAUCGGUAUACCCUAGAAAACAUAGACGGGGUCUUCAGAGAUUUCAGCUGAUUCGUGCCAAACUUCGCUCUACACAUAAAUAAUAUCGAUUGAGAAGUCUUUUGGCUGUUUUUUUUGUUUCGAAGACUUGUAUAAUUCAUUAAAGAAUAUCUCGCCACUCCUUGACGUAGUCACGUGACUGGCCCAGACCAGGACUUCCUCGUGCCUCGCCUCGUCCUCAUACGAAAGCCCUGGGAACGAGGUUGAGGUCACCCUUAAAAAUUAUUUUAUUUUGAUAUUGUUUUACAUGCAUGCAUGCAUAUCAUGUAUCUACUAAAGCGGCUGAUGCUUAGCUUGUUUUGGAUGCUUGUGCAUAAUUUUUAAACAUGCACUUAAGCCUUGUUUCCAUAUCACGAUCUUUCUCAACGGCCAGUUUAUAAUAGUUUAUACCUGUAAACCACAUAUAAAUCAUAAGUAUUCUCUAGUUAUAUUACUCUGCGUAUUUCUGUUCUAAAAUGUUGUAUUUCGGUUGACGAGAAAGAUCGUGACUCAAUCUUGACGACUACAUGGAAACCAGGCUUCACAACGAAUUGUGAUAUUUUUAGAAAGGCUGGAGAUCACGUGAGAGUCACGUGAUUUUCAAAGCAGAGUCAGGCUCGUCUUGAACGUUGCAUAUUUUAUGUAUAAUUGUUCUUUCACAAUACGAUAGUCGUCGAUCGGCAAGAUCUCCAUCACAACACCAGCCCCUCGUAAAAUUUCUGCGCGGUCCUUGAUGCUGCACCAUAAUCGUAGAGCCGUAGGUUCAAUCUCUGCCUGAGGACCUAUGUGUUUAUACACAUCUACAAUGAAAUGAAUGAGAAUGAGGAAGUCGAAUGAGAUGUUUAUUAAAAACUACCCAUGCAAGGCACCUCUUCGAAUAUACGAUAAAACAGUGUCAAUAAUUCUUACAAGUAACAAAACAAGUUUAGCAAAAUACAAAACAAUAGAUUACAAUACAAAAAACAUAAGACAAUCAAUUAGAAGAAGUUAUUAGAAGAGUAAUAAAGAGCCGAUAAAGCGAGCAGGCUGCCUCUUCUCUCUUAUUGUAGAUUUCUGCCUACAUCGAACUCCCACGUUUCUCUUAACUAUACUUUCCUAUCUCAUGCAUGCAUGCAUGCAUGCAUGCACUUCAUAGUUCGUACUUUCGUGUCUACUUUUCCCCCAAUUCCUGCCUUCGUAGUAUCUAACCUAGGGUAUAAUGUAGACUUCCCUACGUAUUUAUCUACCACCUUGACAAGCUAUAUUCGAGUCCGAUAGCAAAUCAUUUUGCUUUUUAAUUUUCUACCUAGUAUUAUCUGCCAACUGCUAUAUCACGCCAAGUUGAAGUUUACAAAUUGCGGAGAGACUCACGGCGUGGAACUAUGUGAUACGUAAGUUUUAUACUGUAACCGUGUCCGUGUCAAUAUCAGAUAGUUUACGUUCACCCAGUUCUUUGUCCACAUUCACAUUCCUACAGGCUAGUGUCAAAAGAUUGAAAAAUAUAGAUACUGAUGGAUGUCAGUGGCGUUAUUGAACACGUCAAUGCAUGUGAUCCUCUUUCAGUCCUUGAGUUAUUAUUUCGAUUUUCACACGGGGAUUCACACACAAGACUUAUUUUGGAAAGAAACUGUGAACUCUUUCCUGAAACCCAUAGGUUUUUUCAUGGCGAGAAUUAGUGAUGGACAUUGUUAUUACUUAUUAGUUCGGGUAUGAGGGUGUAUACCAAUAUGACAGAAUAACACGAAAAUAAGCAAACUUUAAUAAGGCAAAAACUACAACGACGACAAAUGGAAAGGAAUGUUAACAUUGGAAUUUUUUCAAAUGUGAUAUGAUGCUUCAUGUUCCCUCAUAUUUAAAGUUUUCGAAAAGAAUUGUCAAUUAGUCUUUUUUGGCCCUAUUGCAUGUCGCCUGCUUUAGCGGCAAUCUAAUAUAUCAUGUCGAGAACGAUCGUAACAUAAUCAUAUGUUUCCUAUAAUAUUUAGAAACUAUGUAUUUUCUAUUUUUUGGAACAGAUUAAAGCGAGUAGUCAACUACAAAAUUAAACAUGCUUGGAACAUACAUUUUCAUAUUUCCAGCAUAACUCGUGUUGAUCUCACAUAAGGAUUUUCAUCAAGAUAAUGCUAAGUAAAUCACUGACUCGCGAUAGCAGAAAAGUAACCUCGACGUAGAAAAGGGCCGAAUACAGUCCAGGACAUUUUUUGACAAAUUAUCAAUCAGCAUUUGCUGCGUAGCUUUCCUUAAAGUUAUUUAAACUCUGAAAUGUCCAAACUACAUUGCUGUCUUUAUAAUGCAUGUAUAUGGGCUUUCCCAUUCGCAUUUUUGUGUCGUUCGUUCCCAGUCCCAGUAACCCAAAUCCCAUUUUCCCAGUCCAAAAAUACGCAAACCCAUGCAUGUUCUCGUUUUACCCCUUCGCACAAACGCGUGUUUACUUAGAAAUACGAGGGAGGAUACUCAACAGUCACCCCGCGAACUCGAGUCGUAUAUGAGCUGAUAGCCAACGAGAUGAGUAGUACCGAGUGCCAUAUCAGUCAUAUACGACAAGAGUGAGUUUAACUGUUUUAUUAUAUAGACAACUAUACUGCUUUUACAGACUCUUCAUGCAGUAUGGCAAUAUUUUGACAUUUAGUUUGGCAAUUUACACAACUUAGCCUAUGCCUGAGAAAACAUUGCUGUUCGUAUUUUCAAUCAGUAUUUUGAGCAUUGCUAAAACUCAAUUUUUAUAUAUUUAAUAUUUUUAGACAAAACAAGUGCUUGUUGACUUUACUUCUAUAAAGAGUUCUUUGUUUUUAAAGGGGCACUGUCAUCAAAAUGUUUAUUUUCUUAAACGAAAAUGCUCUUAAAACUGUAUGGUAACUUGUUUUGAAGAUUUUUGUUCCCAUGCUUAGUUCUUUUGUGUUAUUUCGUUUUGUUUGUAACCAUGUGACAUCAUUUAUUCAAUUACAUAUAUAAUGAGAUAUCAGUAAUUGUUGUGUAUCUUUGCUAUUUUUUAUCAAAAUCUUUCGAAAGAUGUGUUAAUUUAACCUACAUCAUUAAGCAUACUGUUUUUUGAACAAAUCCAUCAAAAAUAGCAAAGAUACACAAGAAUUACUGAAAUCUCAUUAUAUAUGUAAUUGAGUAGGCUAAAUGACGUCACAUGGUUACAAACAAAAUGAAUAUCUCAAGAACUACGAAUGGGAACAAAAAUCUUCAAAGCAAGUUACUAUACAGUUUUAAGAGCAUUUUCGUUUAAGAGAAUAGAAAUUUUGAUGACAGUGCCCCUUUAAUUAAAUCAGUUUUGUCAAGAAAAUUAUACUCUGAUUUCUGUUCAUAUGUUCGCUUUUUCGGCAUUAUUUUUUUCAAAAAUAUGUUUUUUAACCAGUGUAAAAGUAUUUGCUAACCUGUAAACAGUUGCUGGGAUUUUUUUCAUUUUGUUUUUAUUGCCGUUAAGGCUAUAAAAAAGCGAAUAACGUGCUGUUUUCUCAUACGCAAAACUCCGGUAAUUCUUGCGCCGCCAUCUUGUUUUCUCUACUAGCAGGAUAUGAGCUAAUAUCCUGCUAGUAGAGAGCCAAUCAGAUUGCAGAAUAGCUUAUAUCCAGUUGCUGUCUAUAUAAAAAUCACCCUUAUUUCACAAGCUAUACACAAAAUGAUCAGCCGAAUACGUCUUAUAAUAUGUCCAAACAGAUAAGUCGUCUUUACAUUAAAAUAGCCAGUGAUUUUUUUAAAAAAAAUCCAAGGUCGUUUAUAUAUAACUUGGACAAGUAUUUUUAAACUGGGUUUAAUGAAUCCUGUUAGCAUUUAUUAUAUAGGCUAUCAUUUGAAACAUUUUCGCGUACAAUAUUUGGUAAAGAAAUAUUUCUCUGACUUGUGAAUGUUUGUAACUCAUAUUCUCGAUAUUUUAGAUACAUGAGUCGUGUUGAAUUGGUGAAAUUUCUCAUUGAAUCAAAUUUCUACGAAUUGCCGUCAAUUGAAGAUCUGAUGUCAUCACAAACGGCAAGGUAAGUGGGAUUAAGGUGAAAUGCUGAUGUGAACGGAUUAAUAUCUCUAUACUCUUUCUAUAUAUUAGCUUUUUAAUAUAUGCAAAUUAAGUGUUUCCCCUCCAAUCACGCUUUCCUCUCUUAUCCUUGGCUUACCCCUUGUACCCUCUAAUCCGUCCGUCCACAUCCUCGUUUCAGCCGAAUCUAAGGAAAGCUAUAAUGGCGAAUUAUUGUUAGUUGAUGUUUUUCGGCCCGACAAAUCGAAAUAUGUUAGCCCACUCACAUUUGGCUCGCUAUAUGCUUUAUCGUACUUAUCAAAGAUAUGCACAUGCGUUAGAUGUUUAGUAAGGCUAGAAACAAAUUACGACGCUGUAUUUCGGUCGCAUGUGCACACCUGUACACCGCAUUAAAAAUUAGUAAGUCAUGUUCGAGGGAUGUUUAUGAAAGUUAUGAAUACUAUAUUAUUCAAAAGCCGGGAUGUUUAUGAAAGUUAUCAAUAGUAAUUCAGAUUUUAAAUGCGUGCUAAUGAUGCGUGAGAUUGUCUCCAUGGACAGUAAACACUAAUAAAGUAAACAAAUAAAUUCAUUUUACUGCAAGCCAAGUAUUAAACGUUAAAGUAAUAAAUUCAUUUUACAAGUAACAUAAAGAUUAGCUCGCAACUGAUCUUUAUGGGCAUUUAAGUUGAAAAUGUCCAUAAAGAUCAGGUGCUCAUAUUUUAACUAGUACGUCAUAACUGUCGUGAACAUGUCAAAGUGAUCGAUGUAAUAGAGUGUCGAUGUAUCUUUACAACAUAAAAGACUAUAUAGAUAGACUAUUUCACAUCGUCGAGAUGGUCACGACGGUAAUUUACAUAUUGUUAUUGUACAAACAAGUAAAAUAACAAUAUGCAAAUUAGGUAAAUGAAUGAAUUAAGCAUUCGUGCAUGAUAGUCAUAAAAAAUUUCAUGAAAUGAACGGAUUUUUGAAAUUGAUAGCCGUUUCAAAAUUGUCUGCUUUUUUAUACACCCUGUAUAUUCAUUACAAGCUCGCAUCAUACUGUGAUACUGUGAUAUGCCAAUCUGGCUGAACCAGUUACUGUGCAUCGAUUAGUUUCCAUUGUAAAUUGUAGAAAAGUUGAACUUUAUUGGAUAGCCUACUUACGACUUUACGCUUGACAUAUCUUGGUAAAAAGUAAUUUCUUCCAAGUCAAAUUACAAGUCGCAAAGUUUGCGACUUCAGUCCACAACUCCGCUACUGUUUUCUUCGCUCUCUCGCCCGCGCUCUGAAUUUCAGCGAUUAACUUUAUAAGCACACACAAUGGUGCAGAGAGAGCGAGAUGUGGGCAGUUAAAUAAAGGUGGUGAUUCUCUUUUGAACGAAAGCAACAGGACCAUUGGAAUGACACACGAUGUACGGGAUGACACAAUCGUUCGAUUUACAAAUGAACAUUGUGCUUUCCAGGUCGCCUUUUCUAGAGUAACGUAGAAAGUAAAACGAGUCCUUUCCCCUGCUAUAGGUUAGGACAAUUGUUUUUCCUAUCACAUAAUGAAAUACAAACCCUUUAACUACGUGACCUUUUGGUACCUUUAUUGUUGACUUCAAGGUUCCGUCUUUGGUGUACAUACACACACCAUCUCGAUUAUCUGACCGUGUCAUGAUUUCAUUCUUGUCAGAAAUGCACAAAGUGUGCAACAAACGUUGGUCCCGUUCAAACUUGUGUUUUAAAUGUCCGGUAUUGUCACAGAUGUACACGUUAUAGUCGAGAUUUUCGAUUAUGAUAAUGUCAUAGUUCUUGUCCAUUGCAAUUUUCACCAUCAUUCUGUGUGUUGCAUCAAGAAACUCCAACGUACACUGAUACUGUACAUCGUAAUUAUCAUCCAAUGCAUUCAUCACAUAACUUUUAGUAUUCACUGCAUUACCUGAAGUGUUUGUUUGUGUUUGAAGCCAUCUGAUGGCGUACACGUUAUCCUUGCUAUCCACAGCUAGUGCCAUCAGUACUUGGUAGAUCAAUUCGCCAUCUUGGGGCUCAGGAAAAUUAACCACCUUGAUUUCCUUUGUGCUAGAAAUAAUUUUUAUAGCGCCACUACUCCGUGUGAUUAUCUCACUUCGGCUGUUCACAACAGCAGAAUAAGGCUUUAUUACUUCAGUAACCAGGUGUUUUGGUGAUUGAAUCAUUUCAUCCGACGGCGCUUGUUUCCAAACCUCGUACCAACCGCGUGCAGGGUUAAAAUUGCGCUCAGACAACUCAAUUGUCGGCCAGCAUUGCACGUCGGGAUAUUUACCACCGAAUUUCGCACUGAACUCAAAAAUGAUGAAAUUUGUUAGCAUGACUGAUUUGACCUUCUCGAAUCGUUCGGCUUUAUUUAGCUUUGACUUAAGCCCACCGCUUAAAUAAACUGAGAAUAUUUGUCGAACGGCAGACAAACCAUGAAGCUCUUCAAGGAAUAAUCUACAAGCGGUUGUUGUUGAAUCCGGAUUUUCGAGGUACUCGAGAAUUCUGGCAACGACACGUAAUUUGCACGCCAUUAUUCUCUCUGUAACAUUCAGGCCUUCGUUCCAGAAAGCUUCCGUAGCUCUUUCUCGGGCUGUUUUAAAAAGAUCUUUAGCAGAUUUAAAGUGCUUUUUCGAUACGAGACUUAAGCUUUUCGUGGCGUGAGCUAGUGUCAAGGCUUCGUUGAAGAUACCACACUCGCCAUCUUUCGGUAUAAACACUGAUGUUUCAUUUUGACCGUUUUCAGCUUGUUCUGGUGCCGUUGUAUGCUUGACAUUAGAUUGGUCAAGCGCUAGAUUAAGUAAAAGCACACCUUCUUUCAAGAAACUGUAGCUGCUGAGUGGAUCUUUACGGGAUAAACAGUCGAGUGUGGUUUUGAUGUCGUUUAAAUCUCGAAUAAUUAUUUCACGAAAUUUUUCAUCCGUCGUGUCGCCAUCUUUUAGCUUUUUUGCUGCGAAAUCACGCGCCUUGUUCCACAGUAAGCCCACGGUUGAACUUAGAAUAUUCGUAAUAACAGAUGCCAUGCCGAAAUGAUUUGUAAAGCAACUUAUCGUAGAGUAUAUCGUGUUGUAUUCUGUGUAGAAUGAUGUCAUGAUUAAAAGUAAUAAUAUGUUGUUCCUGUCACAUGACAUGUCAGUGGAAUGUGGGAAUGGCUCAAGGGUAAUCAGUCAUUUAUGAGAGUAAAUUUUGACACAACAGGCAUAAACACAAAUAAACUUUGAGUUAGCAAGACUUUGAUCAGUAAUAUUUUAAAUUUGUAAAAUUAGUGAUAUGAUUUAGUUUGAAGAUAACUGUCUCCAUAGUUACCGGCGUAAAGACGUCUUCAAAUAUUAUUACUGAGUUCCGAAAUACCCACGCUUGCUUCCUGUAAUUGCACUUCCCGAAUGGGAAAGUGUAUUCAAAACCUCAUUAAUAAUUCAUGAGGAAAACACAAAGAAAAAUCAUAAGCGUGUCGUAUCAUUAUUUAUUAUAUGGACAAUGGUGUUUUACUGGAAACUAAAACACUCAUAGAACUCAUACGUCACUACAUCCGGGGCCAGAUGCGCGUAUUUUCCGUAUUUCACCCCUGCUAGUGACAUACGAAGUUCGAAAAUUUCACGUCCAUCAUCACGUUGAAACGAAAACAUUUAAAAGACAUCUUGAGAUAAUCGCAGUGCGUGUUUUAUCGGACCUAAAGAGACUCGGCUUCGCCUCGUAAUUUUAUAUCUGAUAGAACACUGCUGCUCAUCUUUUAAACAGUACUUAAAUCACCGUUUAUCUGUUUACCGAUCGAGGAAACGAGCUAUGUUUAUGGUGUUUUCCGCUUACCUAGAUCGCUGCCCCACGUAAAAUGGCCGGCGUUAAUAAAUACGAAUUAAUCAAUUUUUCCCCCUUUUAUCUAGGCGACUUCGCGACAAAUUGAUAGAGAAUGAAAGUCUGACCUUAGCAAUGGAGGUGACUACAAAAUGUGGUCUUGAUGCGGGAGCUGUGUGGGGAGCCUGGGGUCUAGCAUAUCUUCAAGUCGGAAAAUUUAAGGAAGCUCGUCAGAAAUUCAGUAAAUUCUUGAAGGUAUGUUGCUUUUUUUCUAAAUAUUUGAUCGUCCGCAUGUCUAUUUGUCUAUGCAUCUUAUUUUUGGCACAUAUCACUGGCGUCAAUCUCAAACCCUGAACCUGCAAUCCUCUGUGGAGGCUUGCUGGGGCUCUGGGAAACACCAGCAAAUUUUGCUCGAAAAUCAAAUUUUGUAUCGAAAUUUGUAAACCAGGUGGGGGGGGUCUUUUCAAAAACUAAAAUAGCUUGCGCUGAGACGGAAGCUUUAAGAGAGGCUGUCUGUAAAUAUCGCCUAUGUCGUGCAGAACGUAAAAUAUCAAAAUCGCUCAAACUUUGUCAAAAUGUAAGUUAGUUGGACCUGAUAAUAUAAAUAUGUGUUUAACUUUGAUUCGAAAAAUAUUUUUAACGAGAAGUCGAUAUUUGUGUUCUCACGGCUGACGGGCGUAUUUUCAGUGCGAUACAAACUACUUCAGAUUGAGCUUGUUUAUGCUGGUAAAUCAAAAGUACUGCACAUUUAAACUUAUUUUUCGUAAAAUACAAACACCAAUGUACAAGUAGCAGCUCUCAAAGUCGAAUUUGAUGUAGAUUUGAAUAUUUUAUCGAUUUUUCAACUUGUCGCUUGUUUUACGCAACUUUAGACUAUGUCCGAUUAAAAUCCAUAUAUCGCCACUGAUACCUCGAAUUAGAACAUGAACAUUAUAUCAACGUUUUCAGCAAGGAUUGAUCUUUCGAUAAGUGAAAUAAAAUUUUUGGGCCAUAAAAAAUUUCAAGAGUUUGAGCGAAUAAUGGAAGGGUCAGAUUGCCCCAAAACGGCUGUUUAGCCCUAAAACGGCUGUUUACGCAAGGCGGCAAAAUGAAUGAAUUGCCUUGAAUAUAUUCUUGUUAGCUAAAUAAAUAGCAAAGCAAUGUGAAAUAUUGUACAUUAACUGAAGUUCGUGUCGUUCUUCAGCUUUUUAAGCGUUAAUCGUAAUAUUAUUAAUACAUAAUAUCAAACGGCUGCAGUACGCUAAUGACUUAAGUGUAAUAAUAUCUACCUUUCUAUAGCGAAAUCUUCUUUGAGCGCUCUCUGUGGAACCCAAUGAACUUCGAAAAUGUUCUUAUGACUUACAGUCGAUUCUACAUAACUUUUGUCAAAUGUUCCGAACUUCUUUCUGAUCACGAAGCUCAUAAAUUCGACUUAAUUCGUUGCGAAGUUCAAAUGUCCGUAAUAAAAUUCACAAGCCAGUUUGUAAACAAAGCCUCUGAUUGGCUUCUUUUAAUUUACGUAGAUUUAUCUAGUUAUCUAUUAAUAUGUUUCUAAUAAUAAAUAAAAAUACGGUGAAUAAGAGGAAUUUUCAAGAAAUUAGAGUUAUUACUCAGCAAAUUAAUGUGCAUGAAAUAAAAUAUAAUAUGAUGCAGACUUAUUUUUAUUUGGUAUACUUUGGUAUAUCGUCAGCUGUGUUCAAUUACAUUGUUGACGUUAAUAAAGGUUUAUUGUAAUAAAUGUCGCUGUCACUUUUAACCCAUAACAUAAAUCGCAAUUUGUCGCUUUUUUCCAGUCAGAAGCUGUUGUUUGUAGCUCUUUUUUAGAGAGUCUGUCGCCUCUUUUUAAGGAAUGUCGCCUGUCGGCUAUAACCCCUUGGUGCGCCUCAUUAACCGAAUAAAUUAGUUUGUCGCGGAGAAAGAUUUUAGUGUUGCUGUAAAUUUGCGAAGCUGUCAUUCUUUUGUUUAAUUAAUAAAGUUCAAUCGAAUACAUUUUUAUUGUUAAUUGUUAAUUCGAGGGGUAUGGCCCGGUGCACCUUUUUUGGUGCAGGUGCAACACUCUAAGUCUAACCCUUAAAUAACGAAACUCGGCAAAAAAGUCGCUAGCGUUUUCAUCCAUGCACUAUAUGUGCUCGAUAAAAUUACUAAUGUUUCUGGCCUUAUUUAACAUAACUUAACUUACUGCAUGAGGAAAGAUUGCCGACAUAGCUAUGCAUGGGCUUCCUGUCUUGUGCACUUGCGAUAUUAUUACACCCGUUUUCAAAAUUACGCGACCAAGGACGAAAAUGCUAGAGUUUACAUGUCAGUUUUAUGGUCAUUCGGUCACGAAGUUUAAACUUUGAGUUUUGCGGUUUCUUGUCGAUGUAUAUGCUUUGUAUGCUUUAUAUAAACAGGCUUACAAUGAUUUUCAAGAUAUUUUAGUGAGAAUUAUUGCAAAAUUCAAGAACAAACAAAAUCAUAACAUCACCGUUACAGUCUAGCGCGCGUGUUUUAUACUAACAGCUAAAUUCCAGGAUAAAUUGCUAUUUUUCAAACUUUAAAAGUUAUUCACGGCACAUAUUUCUGUUGUGAUAGUUUGUAUUGUGCUUUAGUUUGUAUAUCUAAGUUAUCUAACUCAUUUUUGUUCAGUUUUGGUAUUAAAUACGGUUUAAAAUGUCUUUUGACAGUUUGUUUACGUUUGCUAUUUUUAGCAGUUUUUGUGACAUAAAACUGACAUUUGAAGUAAGAGUAUUUUUCAGUAAGAGUAUACUGACUUUAGCUAAUAUAUUGUACAGUAUCUCGCAUAUUUUUUUACAGAAUAUUAAAUCCACUUUCUUGAAAAUUCCUCUUAUUGACCUUUUAUUUAUUAAUUAUUGGGUAACACAAUAGAUAACUAGAUAAAUCUACAACAUUAAAAGAAGCCAAUCAGAGGCUUUGUUUACAAACUGGCUUGUGAAUGUUAUUACGAACUUUUGAACUUCGCAACGAAUUAAGUCGAAUUUAUGAGCUUCGUGAUCAGAACGAAGUUCGGAACAUUUGACAAAAGUUAUGUAAAAUCGACUGUAAGUCAUAAGAACAUUUUCAAAGUUCAUUGGGUUCCACGGAGAGCGCUAAAAGAAGAUUUCGCCAUAGAAAGGCAGAUAUUAUUACACAAGUCAUUAGUGUACGGCAGCCGUUUGACUUCAAAUAAUAUUGCGAUUAACGCUUAAAAAGCUGAAGAACGACACAAACUUCAGUUAAUGUACAGUAUUUCACAUUGCUUUGCUAUCUAUUUAGCUAACAAGAUUAUAUUUAAAUUAUAAUCCGCUAUUUUUCAAGGCAAUUCAAUCAUUUUGCCGCUUUGCGUAAACAGCCGUUUUGGGGCAAUUUGACCCUUCCAUUACUCGCUCAAACUCUUGAAAUUUUGUAUGGCCCAAAAAUUUUAUUUCACUUAUCGAAAGAUCAGUCCUUGCUAAAAACGUUGGUAUAAUGUUCAUGUUCUAAUUCGAGGUAUCAGUGGCGAUAUAUGGAUUUUAAUCGGACAUAGUCUAAAGUUGCGUAAAACAAGCGACAAGUUGAAAAAUCAAUAAAAUAUUCAAAUCUAGAUCAAAUUCGACUUUGAGGGCUGCUACUUGUACGUUAGUGUUUGUAUUUUAUGAAAAAUAGUUAAAUGUGCAGUACUUUUGAUUUACCAGCGUAAACAAACUCAAUCUGAAGUAGUUUGUAUCGCCCUAAAAAUAGGGCCGUCAGCCGUGAGAACACAAAUAUCGACUUCUCGUUAAAAAUAUUUUUCGAAUCAAAGUUAAACACAUUUUUAUAUUAUCAGGUCCAACCAACUUACAUUUUGACAAAGUUUGAGCAAUUUUGAUUUUUCACGUUCUGCACGACAUAGGCGAUAUUUACAGACAGCCUCUCUUAAUCGUGUUUUGAGUUAAUGGGUGAAGGACGUGUUGGGUGUGCUAUGGUCAGAGGAGCAGAACAUCGUUCUCAACACAUGCACGAAAAAGAAUUUUGGAUUUUGAUUAUUUAAUGUGGAAAUAAGCUUAAACACGAAAACGAGGCUAAGGGGCCAGGUCCCUUAGCCUCGUUUUCGUGUUUAAGCUUAUUUCCACAUUUAAUAGUCAAAAUCCAAAAUUCUUUUUAAUGCAUGUGUUGACGAAGGAUGUUGUGUUUCUCUGACCAUGACCCCUGAAAAACAAACUUAAAGGACAUUGGCAACGAAAAUUUUUAUUGGCUAUUUCAAUCCUACUUGACAACAACUGAACUAUGAAAAUAUUAUCAUUUCCUUCUCGAACAUUUUAGUCUACGAGUAAAAUGCAUGCAAACUUUGUGUUUCGGCCAGUUUCGCCGCCAUCUUGGAAAAAAUUUUUGAAAAAUUAUCUCGAAGGUCAAUGAACUUUGUGACGUCAUUGGCUGUGUAGCACCAAAACUACAAGAGAGAAUUCUAUUGCGUUGCGUGUUAUGUUGGCUAAAAAUAUGUGGUUUUGAGCGUUAUACUGGCCAACACUAGUCUACACUAUCAGAUAAAAACAUAUCGAGCGACUGGGAAAGCAAGAAAUGGCGCAAUUUACAAUACAGGUAAUUGAUCAUAAAAUAUUGCAUUAGUAUUUGUCUUGUUACACUCGAAUUUCUGCGCUUAUUUAACACGGAGUAGGAUAUAUACUAUGAGAAAUAGUGUUACAAACCAGUUACAUACUUGGUAAAACUUUUCUGCCUUUUGUUUUGGCUCAAAAUGCACUACGCGUGGUAAUACACGGUAUUGUUUAUAGUCAUGAGAUUGUGUUUACCCAGCCAAUGACGUCAGAUAAUAUAUUUUGUGGCAUAAAUUAGCAUACGCGCUUAUUUUCAAAAUGGCGGACAACUGUUCAAAUUUUCUCAAAUUCAAUCAAAUUUUCUCAGCAACUAAACGCGACAAACCGGCCAAAAUAUGAAAUUAAAUAUUCCGUAAGUAUACCUAAUAGAUAUAAGUAAUAAAAAUUUUGGUUGCCAAUGUCCUUUAAAAUCCAUUCCAUUUAAGGUGUUCCUAAGUUGAAAACUGUGUUAGUCGUGACGUAAUUACCGGAAAGGUCUAUUGCUGCACGAAAUUUCAGACAAUUUGCUUCAGUUUAAUUAAGCUAUCAGCCUUUUGCAUGCUUAAUUAAUGCCUUUGCCUAAUUUGAAUAUGUCAGCAAUAUGCAAAUUAGGUAAAAACAUUAAUUAAGCAUGCAAAAGGCUGAUUUUCAGUUCAGGAAAAAAUGAAUAGUUAAAGGCUUAAACUUUAGCAAAUUGUCUGAAAUUUUGUACAGUAAUUAAAAACCCAACAUGUUUUCCAUUUAUUAACUCAAAAUACGAUUAAAUCUUUUUAAAUCUUCGUGCUUUAAAGAGAACUCACAAAACGAAAGUAGAAUCAAUUUUUAGAAGGAAUGUAAAGCCAAGCAUGAAGUCCUGUUUUGGAAGAUGGUUAGCAUCUACUGAUUGGUCAUUCCUUGAAACACUAUCAAACUGUACGGAAAAACUCGCUGCUUUCCAAUCUUUGCUAAAUUUUGCUCUCGAAAUUUUCUUCCCACUCCGAAAAAUCAAACAACACCCAACAGACAGGCCUUGGAUUACUCCUGAACUGAAGAGUCUAAUCCAGCAACGACAACAAGCAAUGUCCAAAGACCCUCUUGUUUACAAAAAAUUGAGAAAUAAAGUUAACAGGCUAAAUAACAGUCUUAGGAGUUCCUUUUUUGCAAAUAAGGUAAAAAACUGUGACAAUGUAGCUUCCUGGUGGAAAUCCAUCAAACAACUUGGAGGACUUCCUACGAAAUUACCAGUAUCCAGUGUUUUUGUAUCGGGCAAAGAAUUCCAUUCAACCGAAUUAGCAACACAAAUUAACAAAAGCUUCCUGUGUAUCACAAACUCUCUACAACCUCUAAACAGCCAAUUGGAAAACGUUGAAACUGAAGCUGCAGUAGUUAAUUAUUUCAAAAUACCACAUCCUGAAGAUGUUUUUACGAAGCUCUCCAACCUCAAACGCACUAAAGCCUCGGGUCCUGACAACUUGCCAAGUUGGGUCUUAAACGAGUUUGCCAUGGAACUCUCAUCACCCGUUGCUGAAAUUUUUAACGCGUCAAUCCAAGAGAGUUGUACCCGUUUCAUGGAAAGUAGCAGAUGUAAUACCUAUUCGUAAAACAGAUAAGGUUAAGGAAAUUGAAAAUGAUCUACGCCCAAUAUCUCUAACACCAAUUCUCUCAAAAACCUUGGAACAUUUUGUCGCAGAGUGGAUUAUGUCACAGAUCAGACCCCUCGUUGACAGGAAACAAUUCGGAUCACUCGCCGGCUUAUCUACAACUCACGCUCUUCUAUCCUUUUUUCAUCAUCUGUAUGGAACUACCGACCAAUCUGACCAAUGCGUGCGUGUGCUGCUUCUGGAUUUCAGUAAAGCCUUCGACAAGAUUGAUCACCAUAUUCUUAUCAAGAAGAUGGAGGAAAUGGCCAUCGAUCCCGUUCUUAUCGCGUGGGUAACACAGUUUCUUACUGGCAGGAAACAGCGAGUGAAGAUAGGUAAAUACACCUCAAGUUUCGAACCAGUGAACGGUGGGGUUCCACAAGGCACUUACUUAGGUCCGAUUCUAUUUAUGAUUAUGACAAACGAUUUGUUGGUUGAUUGGGACGAUAGAUGGAAAUAUGUUGACGAUUCGUCUGUUUCAGAAACCCUUUCUAGAAACCAAGAUUCGAACUUUCAAACUAUUUUAGAAGGAAUUACGCAGUGGUGUGCAAGAAAUAACAUGUCCUUAAACCCCCGUAAAUGCAAAGAAAUCCUCGUUUGUUUUUGGAAACACAAUCCAAAUUUCCCUCCAAUGAUCGUUGACGAACAGCCCAUUGAAGUUGUGAAAUCCGCUAAACUCCUUGGCUUAAUUUUCAAGGACGACCUAAAGUGGAAUGACCACGUGGCUUACAUAGUGAAAAAAAUCGCAAAACGCCUUUACAUGCUUAGACUCCUCAAGCGAGCUCGUUGUGACACUAAAACAUUGAUAUCAGUGUAUUUUUCAUGUGUAAGACCCAUCUUGGAGUAUUGCGUCCAAGUUUGGCAUUAUAACAUACCUGAAUACCUAUCCAAAGAAAUAGAAAGGAUCCAGUCAAGAGCGUUGAAAAUAAUUAACCCAUCGUCAUCAUACAAAGAAUCCUUAUCAGAUCUCAAUAUCCCAACAUUGUAUUCUAGGCGCGAACUGUUAUGUUAAAAAAAUUUUAGAAAAAAGGUUCUUCCGCAAACUAGUCCUCUUUCCGAAGUAGUUGAACCAGCCGAACAUCCAAGCUACAAUCUACGGACAUCGAAUAAACUCGUUCCAAUUAAUUGUCGGACAAAUCGCUUCAAAAAUUCGUACAUUCCCUCGUCUGUAACGAUUUAUAAUAAACAUUGAGUAACUAUAAAUUACAUACAUUUUUAUUUGUAAAUAAUGGUAAUAUCAUACUAGAAGUUCUAAACUCUUCCUAUAUUAUAGUAAAUAUGUUUUUGUAAAUAUACAAUAUUUUUCUAAUCAACCAACCCUGUAAAUGAUAGAUGUAUUUCAACCUUCAUGGUUGCAAAGUCUAUAUUUUAUUAAUAAAUUUUAAAAAAAAUUCAAAUUAAAUUUCAUGCGCAAGCCAUUUUUAGUUUCUUGGAAAAGAAAAACCCCUGGUUUACACAAUUUGAGUUCGAGUAUUUUUUUCAUUCUACAUUAUGGGUACUCAAGGAAUCUAUAUGUACCUAUAUACGAAUCUAUGAUACCACGAGUUCUUUUGCGAUAUUGAGAGCAAUUUCAAAUCUGUUCAGUUUUUUUUAUACUCCCUGUAUAUGUUUGUUUUCUAGCCGUCAGAGCGUGGUAAAACGACUCAAGGCAACAUUCGUUAUGUCAAGAUGAUUAUCGAUAUUCUGGAAACAUCUCCUAUGGUUUCAUUUGAUUAUCUCACUGUUG